AUAAUUUCUGAAACUGAUUAUCUAUUGUUUUCAAUUAAUUCGUCCUUUUGAACACUUUUCAGCUAAUAACUAUCAUCAAAACUAAGUAUGGGAGGUAUAUGUGUAUAUAUGUAUAUGUACAUAUGUACAAUUUUUGAGCAACAUGUUGCGAGAGAAUAAAACUGUGGUGAUCUCUGUUCUGAUCAUUCGUAGAAUUAUAUGGAUUUUUAUAUUUUAUAAGCAACAACAAAGCAAGAGUGCCACAAAUAAUUGAAAACAAAUGUGCUGAGUGUUAUUUUAAAUAACAUGUAUGUAUGUGUUUCAUUGCUCUAACAAUACUAAAUUUCCAUUACAGAGUUUCCCCUCCUUGAUUUCGCCCAGCUUUCUAUACGUUCUUUGUGUGCGAUUGGGAGAAUUCCAAUUCAGAAUACUGUCGUUAGAGUGACUAUGCCUCUCUAUUCAUUGUAUUUUUAAUUUCAUGUCAAUAUAUGAGUAAAUCACUCUCAAUUAUUAAAUAUAAAGGGUUUCAGAGAUGAACCCAAUUUGAUUUCUGCGCUGUGCACCGAAAGAUUCGCUUCCAAUUAUCCAAUUAAAGUUGUUUUGUAAAAUGGAAAAUAAACUGUAUUAUAAAAUACUGUUUGGACUCUUCUUCGCGCUCUUUCAAACGUAUAGUGUGGAGGGUGCUGACUCUGACCAUUCCGCUGAUGAUGGGUCUUUGACCAUUUUCGUGGACGCGGGUAAGGACAUAGAGAGUUUCUUAACUUUGGCUAAAUCAAUCGAAAGAAAGCAAAGUCUUAUAGAUGACGCCUUGAAAAGAAUGUCAGCGAAAAUCGGUGCGUUGGAAGAAAGAAUUUCCAGAAUGGCCACGGAAGCCAAAGCAACAGAGGAGAGAUGGGCCCAACGAUUGACAGAGGGGAUAAAAACUGCGGAAGGAAGAAUGCCAGCGGAAUUUCAACGGUUGAAUCAGAAAGUAGUUGGGUUAAGCAACCAGCUUGCCAAAAGUCGAGACAUUGCCACCCCGCAGAAACGGCCUGCAGAACUUGCUUGUGAUAAAAUAACUAAUGAUUUGCGAUCGAUUGGAGAGACCACAUUUGAUGGCAUGCCCUACUCCGCCCUCAGGCUUUAUUGUUCUGAUAACCAACCUAAAUUUUGCAGAGGCGCUUUGAUUGACAAACGUUUUUUAAUAACGGCAGCAAGUUGCGUAUCAACUGACAAAUAUGCGAAGGUAGAAGUGGAUUCAGUGAUGAGAGGAGUAAAGGCUAUUCACAUUCAUUCCAACUACUCUUCAAAAACAGCCUCCCUUAACAACAUUGCCUUGAUUGAACUGGAAAGUGAUGUGGGUUACACUCCCGAAAGGUAUCCAGUGUGCUUAUAUACAUCACAAGUGAAUCCAGAGAGUGAUUUGAUGGGAAUAUACGGGAAAGUUCAGAUUGUAACAGACGCUGAGUGUUUUAAUAAGAUCGGUACUCACCUGAAAAUAUCACAAAUAUGUUUAAAGAAUUUGCAAUUUGGACUCACUUUCUCUGGCUGGCCAAUAUACGAGGUUCAAGAAAAUUUCCCCAAAUUUAAAUUGUUUGCAAUUGUAGCGAACGAAACGAAAUCUGACCAUUUUGAACCUUAUGUGAUAACGAAAGUGUUUGAUCACUUGAACUUUAUAGAAAGCAUUGUAUGGCCGAAGAGAGGCAAAUGAAUUUCGAAUGUAAUAAUUUUCAAUAAUCAAAUAUACAAAUAAAGUAAAACCGUUUAUUCAACAUAUUUACGAAUAUGUAAAA